AUGGAGAAAUUUGUGACCUUGAGGUUCCACUCUGUGGCAGCUGAGCAUUUUCCCGGUGCUGAAACUGAUGAAGAUUUCGUAAAAGCCGCUUUUAAAAUGGAUGUUGAAAAAAAAGAUGAAUUGCCAAAUUUAAAGGACAUAAAACAAAAAUCUAAAUGCGAAGUGAAAGCAAAGUGGAUGUUGGAUAAAGCGAAACAAGAUUUUUCAAGAAUGUCAUUAGAAAAGACAGUCGAAGUUUAUAAUACUGCAAUGGCCCUCGCACUCCCUAGAUCAGAGUUAUUGGCCCAUGCUUUCGCAAAUCGUUCAAUAGUCUUAUCAAAUGCGGCAAUGUAUGAAGAAUCUUUAAAGGAUAUAGAGCAUGCUCUAAAAGCUAAUUAUCCAGAUAACUUGAAAGCUUUGUUGUUUGCUCGAAAAGCCAAAAAUCUAUUUGCUUUAGACCCAACAGCAGAUAUUGAAGACACUUUGGAUGAAACUAGACGGUGGGCAUUGAAGAUGAACGACAAGGAAAAAAGUAAGCUUUUAAACAAUCUUGAGAAGAUAAAAAUGAAGACGUAUAAAAAACCGGUUAAAGAACUUGAUAAUCGAAUAUUUGUGCCAUCUGCUCCGCAUGAUAAUCCAAUAAUUAAAGAUACUUCAGCUGCUAUUGCUAUUAACUAUUCCGAAAAAUUCGGACGUCAUAUCGUAGCUACUAGGGACAUGAUGGCGGGUGAAGUAGUUUCUGUUAAACGAGCUUACGCGUUGGUACUUUCAUGUGAAUUCAGGUUCCAACUAUGUUGGAACUGUUCAAAGCAUUGUUGGUCAUCUGUUCCCUGCAAUAAAUGUUCAAACGUUAUUUAUUGCAGUGAAGAGUGUCGGAAUGUUGCCUGGAAAGAUUACCAUGACAUAGAAUGUUCUUUUUUAAGUGGUUUACUGUCCUCAGUCCAUGAAUAUGAAGAGUUAUUUCUUAUGAGCUUGAGAUUAUUUAUAAAAGCCAUCAAAGAAUUCGGAACAAUAAAAGCUUUAUAUGAAAGUUUUCAAAAGAUCGAUUCAACAGAAGAUUUAAUUAUGAAAAGUUUCACUGAUGGUAUUUACGACGACAAGAAAUACGCAAGUGUUUACCCAUUAUGUCGGAAGCCGAUGAAUUUGCGAUUUCAAAUUCAAUGUGCCCUCAAAGCUUCACAAUACAUGUACAUCAUGGCUGUGACGACCAAUGUUUUUGGGAAAAAAAUGGAAAGUAUGGAGGAAUUACGAAAUUAUGAAUAUGCUGUUUUUGUUGGAAAAUUACUUUACCAUCAUACUGUGUUGAGUAGUACUAACAUGAGCGCGGUAUUUAUUCUUACCUUUAUUCAUGCUCGAAGUACUGACGAUGUACUGCGUACCUGUGGUGGAGUGUUAAACCCGCUAGAGUCGUUGUACAAUCACAGUCGUGACCCUAAUACGGAUGCUAUUGUGUGUCUCGAUAUGUCUGCAUUCAUAACUCUGCAAACUAUAAAAAAAGGUGAACAGUUGUUCAUUUCUUACGGACAAGAAUUUCAUGACAUGCCAACUUCAGAGCGAAGAGGAGAAUUACAAAAAAUUCGAAGCUAUUGGUGCGAUUGUCAGGCUUGCAUCAACAAUUGGAAUCCGGGACAUGUUUUACCAUCAGCUAAGAAUAAAUUACCGAAAAAAAUCGCAACAAAAAUGUCAGUGCUUGUCUGA